CCGCAUCAUUGCUCACACACUUAAGAAUGUCCGAAGAAGAUAACAUCGCGAUGGCGAUCGCGCUCAGUUUACAAGAAUCACAAGCUGGAAGGAAUAAUGUUCGGAGUGAAGCACGCAGCAACAACGAUCAACGUCAAGCGCUUGAAAGUGAUCAGGAGGCUCAGUUUCAGGAGGAGCUACGACGAGCGAUGGAGGUGUCUGCAAACGAAUUUCACCCCUCGACUUCGCGAGUGCCACCUCUCCACAACCAGACUUCUGCGCGCGGCCGGAACGAAACUCAACCUGAAGCUGGAAGCUCCUCAACGGCUUCUCUAUUCCUGUCCGAGAGAGCGGAGCUUGAGCGUGCACGUCUGGAGCGACAGAAGAGAUUGCGACCAGUAGACGACGACGGUGACGACGACAGUGGAGGCGGUGCUGGCAGCAGUGGGUACGCCAGGGCACCGUCUCGUAAACGUCCACACAAAACAACGAGUUUUCAAUCUUCUUCCAGAGAAGAGUCGCUCCACAGCUCCUCCGUGGCGUCAACCUCCACUGCUCCCGCCACUUCAACAGCGCGCGGGAAGGCCACAUCUGACGAGGCACUUUUCUGGGACGGUGAGAUACGUCAGACCGCGAAUAAGCAUGUUGAGAGAGGGAAGAAUGGGGAGGACGGAAAGCCUGUCUGGAGGUUGUCUGAGAUUAUCGGCGACAAAUCUGAGAUAGCGCAGGCCAUCAUUUCGACUUACGCGUACGACAUAGAAUGGAUCUCCAAUUUCUUCGAUCGGACAACACCUGUGGUACUCGUGACCCAGCCCGCGAAUGGGAGCGAGCCUACAAUCAAGCAGAUACUUCAUAAUUGGAUCCGAGUGACACCAGUGCUGCGUGGUGGGCGAGGCGUGAUGCACAUGAAAUUCUUCCUGUUGUUCUAUAAAUCCGGCCGUUUGCGCUUGGUUAUCUCCACCGCUAACUUAGUUGACUUUGAUUGGCGCGACAUCGAGAAUACCGUCUGGGUUCAAGAUAUCCCCAUCAGACAGACUCCGAUCGCCCAUGAUCCGAAGGCAUCUGACUUCCCGACGUCAUUCGAGCGCGUGUUGAAGGCGCUUAACGUCGGCCCAGCAUUGACUAGCUUCGUCCACAACGAUCACCCGACAAUGCCGUUUCCGUCGUUGCACCCCGGCGCAUUACGCACGGUGUACGAUUUCACCCGAGUCCAUGCAAAGCUCGUGCCGAGCGUGGCAGGCAAACAUGAAGGCUGGCCAAAUGUGAUCAGAACGGGCCAUACGGCGCUGAUGAAGGCGCUACGCGAGAUCGGUGCCGAGGCGGGGAAGUCGAGGCGCGUGAUGGUCGAGUAUCAGGGCUCGUCGAUUGGGACGUAUAGCACCCAGUGGGUGAAUGAGUUUUAUGGUUCUGCGUCUGGGGAGAGCCCCGAGAAAUGGCUGGAUGAGCCCAAGUCACGCCGAGCGAAGCUGCCGUGGCCACUGGUAAAGAUUCUGUUUCCGACCCGUGCAUGGGUUCAAGGGAGCGUGCUUGGAGAAAAGGGUGGGGGUACAAUGUUCUGCAGGAAGAAUCAGUGGGAGGGGGCAAAGUUUCCCCGUGAGCUAUUCGUGGAGUCGAGAAGUAAGAGGGGCAAAGUGCUAAUGCAUAGCAAGAUGAUCAUAGCGACCUUCGAGGAUACCAGUACUUCAGCAAAUUCGUCGCGGUCAACUACUGUCGACACGGAGUCUGACGACGAUAUCGAAAUUAUCGACGGUGACGGCAAGGAGAAGAGACGAGUCAUUGGAUGGACAUACGUCGGAUCACAUAACUUCACACCCUCUGCUUGGGGGACGCUGUCUGGCUCCGGGUUCACGCCCAUCUUGAACAUUACAAAUUAUGAGCUCGGCAUCGUGCUUCCGCUAUACAGCCAAGAGGAGAUUGAGAGCGUAUCAUGCUUUGAGCGCCCUCCGAAGAAGUAUGGGAGCAACGACCGCCCCUGGAUGCAAGAGACAAGCGCUGAGUUACAGGCACACUGACCACAUGCGAUGUUCGAACAUGAGAUGUGUUGGGCCGUUACUCGCAUUUUUAGAGAUCACGGCGGUGCGAAUAGUAAAGCAUUUUGCCAGGUAGAAGCGUUUUAUGACCG